AAGAGACCCCGGGACACGGAGAGGGGACACAGAGAGACCCCCCGGGACAGCCCCGGGACACAGGGAGAUCGCCGGGAUAGCUCCGGGACACGAAAGGACCCCGGGACAGCGAGUGGGGACACGGAGAGACCCCCGGGACAGCCCCGGGGCACAGAGUGUGGACACAAAGGGACCUCCCGGGACACAGAGAGAGCCCAGGACAGCUCCAGGACAUAGAGGGGCCCUCGAGACAGCCGCUGCCGCAGAGUGGGGACGCAGAAAUGCCAUGGGGAUGCAUCUACAACAGAGAUCAGAGGAAAUAUACAGAGAAUUCUACUUAAAGAUAAAGAAAAGUCUGCUGAAGUUGCGGGCCGGGGGGGAACUACAGCUCCCAGCGCGCAUUGCUGUGCCGCGGUGUGUGCCGGGGGUUGUAGUCGGGCCCGGCGGUGCCCAGCUGACCGGAACGAGGGGCGGCCCCGCCGGGAUGGCGGCGGCUCGGGCCGGGCGCGUCGGGCGGCGCUGAGGCCGGGCCGGAGGAUGGCGGCGGCCGGGGCCCGGGCGGAGCUGCGUGUGCUGCUGGUGCCCCGCUCGGAGCAGGCGCGGGGCGCGGCGCGGGUGCGGCUGAGCAGGGCCCGGCACGCCCUGGGCACCGUGCUGCUGGCCGGCGGCAUCCGCCUGGAGUCGCUGGGGGCCGGGCGGGCCCGGGGCAGCGUCCUGCCGGGAGCCUGGGCUGACUUCCUGUGGGACAGCUCGGAAGAUGAUGGUUCACAGUCCACCAAGACAAAGCUCCUGGCUCUUGCUCAAAGCCAUGACCUGUUUGUCUAUGAGUUCAGUGUAGAAGAUGGAAAGCACAACUCCAAUUCCCUGCACAGCUGUGAGGCAGAGACGCUGAGAAAGCUCCUUGAAGCUAAAAACAUCAGUCUGCCUUCAAUUUCCUCUGUGAAGAUUCUGUCUUUUGGAAACAACAAGUGCAAACUUCUGCUCAACCAGUUUCUCCUUGUGCACCUGACCUUUCCUGGGGAAGGCUCAGCCCCAGAGCCCUGUGGCUGCUUCCCCCUGGCCCUGCCUCCAGGAGCUGUGGGGAGGAUUGCAGACUCCCAGUUCUGCAGGGGGAUCCUGUUCCUCUUGGACAGUGCUGGCUGGAUUUACAUAUUUGACUGCAGUGAUGGUGCCACCCUUGGGAGGGUGGGUGUUGCCCUGGGGGCUGGGCAGGGGCAGGGCCCAGCCCCUGUGUCCCCCCUGGCUGCCCUGGCCGUGUCUCCUGACCUCAGCACGGCCGUGGUCACCAACAGCUGCCAGUGGGCCCUGGCUGUGCAGCUCAACACCUACUUCAGACAGUUCCCUGAACAUUUGCUCUGUAAGAGAGAUCCUGAAAAUCUCCCGGUGAAGCCUGCAGAGGGACUGGAUGAGGAUGAGCUGGCCAGCUCUGAGCACAGCAUGGAGCUCCUGCCGCUGCCCUUCCGCACAGACAGGUCCUGGAGGGCACACCUAUCCUCACUGUGGGACAGAGUCAGGAGAAGAAGAGCACCGGGCUCUCCAGAGUUGGUGAACGACUUGAAUUUGCCCUGGUAUCAGUUUUUUACCCAUCUGGAAGAUCACGAUCCUGAAGUUUGCGAGGAUCCAGAGAGGAUGGUGGCCUUUGUGCCCCGGGCUGUCACAUGGGCAGCUUCCCCAGCGCUCCAAGGCCAGCCUGGGGGUGCAGGACAGCAGUGGGCACAAAUCCCCGUGGGAGCAGCCCAGGAAACGGUGAAACUGGAGUGCAAACUGGUGACUGGAGCCAAGGCUGUGUUUGUGCUGCAGGCACAGGACAUGGGGCUGUCUCUGGCGCUCUGGGAUUUUGAGUCCCAGGACGUGACGUGUUCCCACUUUGGCAGAAGCAGUGUCUAUGUGGAGUGCAGUGCAGAGCUGCCACUGUGUCUGCUGCUGACAGAGCUUGGUCUGUCCCUGGUCCUGUUUGGGGUCACUCAGGAGGAGUUCCUGACCAGGCUGAUGAUGUUCGGCAGCGCCGGGGUCGUGGAUUCCCUGUGCCACCUCAAUGGCUGGGAGAGGUGCUCCAUUCCCAUCCAUGCCCUCGAGGCAGGUUUGGAGAAUCGCCAGCUGGACACGGUGGACUUGUUUUUGAAAAGCAAAGGAAGUGUUUUCAGUCUGUCUGCAGCCUGCCCUGGGCCUGAGCAGCCUGGGGGUGCUGCCUCCCAGUCCUACCUGAGAAAUCUGGAGGAGCUCAGGCCAGCUCUAAACUUGCUCUGCUCAGCCAUCCAAGCCAAUGAUAUGGAGCCUCACAGCAAGCCCUUCUCCGAGCAGCUGCUGAACCUCACCCUGACCUUCCUCACCAAGCAGCUGGAGGAAAUCUUUGUGCACACAGAGGAGCCUGAUGAGUUCCUGCAGAAGGCUGCAGAUAUUUUGACUGAUUACAUCAUUAAGCUGAGGAAGUUCCUGAGGAGGUACCCUCACCCAGCAGUGACCCCAGGGCAGGGAGCUGAGCUGGAUGAGGACCUGCCUGAGAUAGAAGAGAGCCAAGAAUGGGAAAAACUGACUCCAGAGGAAGUGAUUGCUGAGGCCAUCCUAAGCAACAAAAUACCAGAGGCCCAAAUCUUCUUCAGAAGGCAGAAACACCCUGCUGAGAGUCUGCAGGAGUUUAUGCAGACAGGUUUGAGCCUGGUCUAUGACUGCCUGCUGAAGGGCAGCACCAGGGAGGCCUCAGAGCUGCUGAGGAACAUGGGCUUGGAUGUGAAGCAGGAGCUGCACAGGAUCUGCUUGCACACACAGGACAGGCACGUCAGGGAGCUCCUGGUGAAAGUCUUACAAGAAGAAAAUUACUUUUCUGAAAAAGAAAAGAAAAUGAUUGACUUUGUGCAUCAGGUUGAAAGCUUCUACUCAGAAUCCUUCCAGGAAAACAAAGAGACUCAGUCUCUCUCCAGGUGCAGCAGCUGGAGGAGGCAGCAGGAGCUCUCUGGGCCCCGGGCAGUGCUGGGCUCCCAGCUGGGCUGGGGCAGCCCCAGGGCGCCCUGGCUCACAGUGACCCUCAGCUGGGCCCUCUGCUGGGAGCAGCGGCUGCAGGAGAUGGUGCUGCUGCCCUGGAAAGCACAGCAAGAACUCAAGACCUGCAGCGCUGAGGUGCUCUGGAUGCACCUGACAGCCCAGCAUGACUGGUUGAGGAUUUGUUCCUGGAUUGAGGAGUCAGAGCCCAGCCAGGCUCCAUGUGGCAGAGCUGCCUGGCCCCCCCUGAGCCCUGACAUCGUGGACAGGAGCACUCUGUGCAGCCCCUACAUGAGACAGGACAUCCUCAACAAGCUGGCCAGAAAGGGCAUUUUUGUCCCUUCUGAGCUGGAAGAUUUUGAGCUGCUGCUCCAGAGGUUGUCGUGCCUGGGGGGAGUCCUGCAGAAUCCUCACCCUGUUCCAAAAUACAGCUCUGCCAAUGGCCUGGACUUCCAUGCCCAGUUUGUCCUCCACUGCCUGGAGCACAGCCUGCAGUACCUGCUGUACACUUACCUGGACUAUUACAGUUUAACCCCUUCAAACUGCCCUGUCCUGGGUAACAAGGAGCUGCAGGAAGCACAUCCCUGGUUUGAGUUCCUGGUGCAGUGCAGAGGGGUUGCCAGCAAUCCCCGAGAUCCCAAGAUGAUUUUCCAGGCCAGUCUGGCCAAUGCUCAGAUGCUGAUUCCCAGCAGCCAGGGGGGUGUGAGCAGCAUCCUGCUGGAGGGCAGGACCCUGCUGGCCCUGGCCACCACAGUCUAUGGGCCUGGGGGCAUCGACCAGGUCCUUCAGAAUGAAGAUACAGAAAAACCUCUCAAGAAAGUUGAUCCACAGCUCUUGAAGAUGGCCUUGACCCCUUACCCCAAGCUCAAGGCUGCUCUCUUUCCCUCCUGCACUGCUCAUGGGAUUUUGCCUCCUGACAUCUCUCUCUACCACCUCCUGCAGUCAUUAAUGCCCUUUGAUCCCACGAAAUUGUUUGGCUGGCAGUCAGCAAACACUCUGGCUGUGUCAGAUGCCUGGAGCCAGCUGCCCCACUUCUCCAGCCCGGGGCUGGUGAGCAGGCACGCCGUGCUGGAGAGGCUGGAUUUCCUGUUCUACCUGCGGCACGGCCGGCCCGCCUUCGCCUUCGGCACCUUCCUGGGCCAGCAGCUGGCCAGGAGCAAGGCCCCCAGGCAGCUGAUCCAGCAGGCAGCUCGGGAGGCCCAGCUGCUGGCCCUGAGCUCCUUUGGUGUCCCCUCGGUGGCUGCAGCCUGCGUGUGCUUCCUGGAGCUGCUGGGGCAGGACAGCCUGGGGCUGAGGGUGGCCCUCAGGGCUGCCAGCCUCAUCUCCAGCCACUGCCCCACCAGGGACUCCCUGGUUGAGAAGCUAACAAGGUUGGCUGAUGGUGAAAAGGCAGCAGCAGCAGCAGUCCUGACCUCCUUGGAAGAGGCCUUCUGGGAUGCCAUUGAGCAGCAAGGCAUAAAGAGGACAUCCAGUGACUGCAGGAGGCAGUGGGCCCUGGUCAUGCAGUUCUGCAAGCUGCAUAACCUGGAGCUGAGCACGUCCUUCCUGAGGGAAUGUGCCAGGUCCAACGAGUGGCUGCAGUUCCUGAUCCAGACGCAGCUCCACGGCCACCAGCCAGCCCAGGUCCUUCCCCUGCUGCAGGAUUUCCCUGCUGUGGUCCAGGAUCACCUGCAGCUGGCCCUGGGGAGGCUGCUGGGAGCUGAGGCAGGAGCUGCAGGCAGGGCCCGUGCAGGGAGCCUGUUCCAGACGCUGCUGCAGUGCCAGGAGCAGCCCAGCCCCUGCGGGUUCCUGCUGGCUGAAGGGCUCAGGGCACAGGCCCCCAUCCUCAGCGUGCUGGCAGCCUGCUGCCCUGGUGCCAACCUCAUCUCCUGCCUCUGUGUGUGGAUCAUCACUUCUGUGGAUGAUGCCACCAGGGCUGAGGCCACUGCCCACAGCCAGGGCGGGGCAGAGGGUCCCCAGUGGGACCUGCAGGACCUUGCUGUCAUCUGGAAAGUCCUCUUGAGGAAGCAGAAGAGCAAAACACUUCUGAGUGGCUUCCAGCUCUUUUUAAAGGAUUCCCCUUUGCUGCACAUCCUGGAGAUGUAUGAGCUCUGCAUGAACUGUAAGAAAUACAGUGAAGCUAAAAUCAAACUGGACAAAUUUCAGGAAAGCCUCACAAACCUGGGGGCCGCAGGGGGAGCAGCCCCCGCGGUGCCGCUGCCGUGGCUGCGCUCGCAGGCGCUGUUCCUCCUGGAGCUGAUGCUGCAGCAGUGCCACACUGACUACGAGCUGGGCAGGCUCCUGCAGCUGCUGGCUGCGGCAGAGCCCCUCCUGCUGGACGGCCCGCACCUGAAGAGGCUCUGUGCCCUCAGUGAGGCCCUGAGGGACGCCUCCAUCUCCAUCAGCCGCUCCAUCCUGACCGCCUGCAGCCUGGAGGCGUUCCAGGGCGAGUGCAGCUCCAUUCUGGAGCAGCUGCAGGAGAGGGGAAUGUUCAGCCUGGCUCGGGAGGUGGCAGCCCUGGCUGAGCUGCCCGUGGACAGCGUGGUCACACAGGAGGUUCUGAGAGAUCUACAUCAUUUAAGAGACACUGGCCAGUGGCAUCAGAGCCAAACCAGAGCAGAGUUCUGGCAGAAGUGUGACGACACUUUCAGCAGACAUUCCAUCUGCAGCCGAGCCGCAGCAGGCUUCUUCCUGCAGCAGGCUGACAACGUGUGGGAUUGCUCAGGGCAGGAGAAGACAACCAGCAUGGUGGAGAGGCGGCUGCUGCUCACCCUGGCGGGGCACUGGCUGGCCAAGGAGCGCGGGGUGGCGGCGCAGGAGCUGCAGGAGGUGGAGAAGCGGAUCUGGCAGUGCCGCGUGGCGGAGCGGGCGCUGCUGCCCGAGGGCUCGGAGCCGUGCCCCGGGGCCCUGCGCUUGGGCAGCCUGGCUGAGCGCUUCUCCUUUGCGCGGCUGCCGGCGCUGGACGCGGCCGAGCCCCGCGGGCUGCGGGCGCUGCCCGCCCGGGAGGCGCGGGCGGCGCUGGGGGCCGCGGAGCGGGCGGCGCUGGGGGCCCUGCUGGGGACCCUGCUGGAGCAGGGCAGCGUGCACGAGGCCGCCCGCGUGUGCCGCUACUUCCAGCUGUGGCACCGGGACGUGGCCCUGGUGCUGCACUGCCGGGCCCUGGCCCUGGGCGAGGCCGCGCUGCAGCAGCUGCAGCCCGAGGUGCAGACCCUGCUGACGGCCGAGGCCAGCGCGGAGCCCAGCACAUCCAGCCUGGAGGACUGGACCCCUCUGGGGUGUGGGGAUGAUGCCGUGGUGGCAGCACUGAAGGCCCUGGCAGAGGAAUGUGUCCAUGGCAGGGGUUACUGCAGGCAGGUCCUGUGCCUCUACGAGCUCUCCAAGGACCUGAGCUGCUCCUUUGCGGAGGUGUCGGCGCGGGAGCCGCGGGAGGUGCUCGGGGCCCUCCUGGCGCGGCGGGGGCCGGAGCGGGGCCGUCGAGCCCAGGCCUUCAUCACCUGCCAGGGGCUGCCCCCCGCCACCGUGGCCCCUCUGCUGGCACAGCAGAUCACCCACGAGCUGCUGGCCUCGGCCCAGGGAAAAGGGCAGAAGCAGGCUUGGAACCCUGCAGUGGAGAGCCAGGAGCUCCUGCAGCUUGCCAAGCUGUGCCAGGAUCACACCUUGGUUGGGAUGAAGUUGCUGGAUAAAAUCUCCUCAGUCCCCCGUGGGGAGCUGUCGUGCAUUACAGAGCUGCUGAUCCUGGCCCACAGCCUCUUCAGCCUGACGUGUCACAUGGAGGGGAUCACGCGAGUGCUGCAGGCAGCUCGGCUGCUCACCGAGGAGCACCUGGCUCCCAGGGAGGAGUACGGGCUGGUGGUGCGCCUGCUGACAGGCAUUGGCAGGUACAAUGAGAUGACCUACAUCUUUGAGCUGCUGCACCAGAAACACUACUUCGAGGUGCUCAUGAGGAAGAAGCUGGACCCGAGCGGGACGCUGAAGGCAGCACUGCUGGACUACACCAAGCGCUGCCGGCCCGGCGACAGCGAGAAGCACAACAUGAUCGCGCUGUGCUUCAGCAUGUGCAGGGAGAUCGGCCAGAACCACGAGGCUGCCGCCUGCACCCAGCUCAAACUCAUCGAGUGCCGGCCCUGGGAGGAGUCUCUUCAGGAUGUUCCAAAUUUAAAGAAGCUGCUACUGAAAGCUGUGACUCUCUUCAUUGAUGCAGCAGAAAGUUACUCCAAGGACUCGUGUGUGCGGCAGGCGUUGCGCUGCCGCCGCCAGACGCGGCUCAUCACGCUCCAGCUGCACUUCCUGGGCUCAGGGCAGAGCACCAGGAUCAUCAACCUGGGCAGGCAGGAGCUGCCAGGAGCCAUCCUGGCCUUGCCCAGGUUCUACCAGGCAGCCAUCGUGGCCGAGGCCUACGAGUUCCUGCCAGACUGGGCUGAGGUUCUGUUCCAGCAGGUGAUCACCAGGGGGGACUUCGUGUACCUGGAGGAAUUUCGGCAGCAGCGGCCACUGCGGCCCGGCCUCUUUGAGGAGGUGGCCAAGAAGGUCAAACAGCAGCAGGCCCCUGCUGAUGCUGCCCUGAGGAACCUGAAGCGCUUCCUCACCCACUGCGAGGACAUCUACACCUACUACAGGCUGGCCUACGACCACAAGUUCUAUGACGUGGUGAACUCCCUGCUGAAGGACCCUCAGACUGGCUGCUGCCUCAAUGACCUCUUAUCCAACUGAAUUCCAGCUGAAUUCCAGCCUGGAGCACAGGCUGCAGGCUCACUGCUGAUUUACACAGAUUUUAUCAAUGGCCUGCUCACAGGGCUCUGCUGCUCCCUAAAAAUUACUCCAGAAAACUGAACAAGGUUGUAAGUAGUUAAAUGCUGACUGUGUUAACCUAAAAUUGUGUUUUGUAUAAUAAAUCUUAUUGUUUAUAAAUUA